GCGCCCCUCACUUUCGCUUCGAGGCUGCAAACUCUGUGCGCGCGUCGUCUGCUCCUCCGUCAGCUGACUCAUUUUUACAGCUCUUCCAUGCAUAGGAAUAUUUUCCAGGCGGACGGCACACCCUGUCAGCCAGUUCUAAGUUCGUUCUCCUCGGUAACAGACGCGGGAUAUGCAGACGUUGGACCAUUGCAGAAAAGUUCUGUUUACGUCACUCUUCUGCAGUGUCGCCAUCUAUUUUCUCAUCGUACAGAAGGUGCAUCAUCAUGGCACAGCUUCCACCCAAGUCGAUCCGCAAGGACGCGCACUGCUGUCACAACCCAGCACCGCCAGCACAUCGUCCACGACCCCUUCCAAGGCCGCCGCCUCCACAACCGAACAGCCAGACCUAAGCACAGACAUCGUCAACCCCCAUCCUUACUCGUUCAUCCUCAACAAACCAAACUUAUGUAAAACCGCAGGCGUGGAGAAACCUGUCGUCAUCCUUGUCCCGUCAGCAUCAACCAAUUUCCAGCAACGCAAAGCGAUUCGAGUAACCUGGGGCAACGCUAGUUUGCAUUUAGGCUUCAAGCUCGCCUUUCUGCUUGGUUAUCCCAAAAUCAGUGCCGUCCAACCGAUGAUCCUUGCAGAAGAUCGUCUCUACCACGAUGUCAUACAAGAAGACUUUACGGACGUGUACCAUAACCUCCCCAUCAAGUCGGUCAUGAUGGUGCGCUGGGUUAAGGAACACUGUUCCAACGCGCAUUUCGUGUUGAAGAUUGACGACGACAUGCUGCUGAAUGUCUGGGGACUAUGGGCCGAAAUAGAGACAUCCUUAAAGGGUGCGAAUCUCACCAUGUGGGGACUAUUGGCGCAGCACUGGACGCCGAACAGGAACUCGGUUAGCAAGUGGUACCUGCCCGUCAGGGUGUACAAGAAGCACGUCUUUCCAGACUUCCUGACUGGGCCGGCGUACCUUUUCACCGGGGACUGUGCACCAGUGCUGUACAAUGUCAGUUUCACUGUGCCGUACCUCCCUCUCGAAGACGUCUUCUUGACCGGAGUUGUGGCCCAGAAGGCAGGAAUAACACGUAACAAUCACCCAGGAUUUUUAAAUUACCAGAAGAUACUACAAGCCUGCGCGGAACCGCGGCAGAUCACGAGUCAUGGCUACAAACCGAUGUCCCUGAUGAGACUCUGGAGGUCCUUAUCGCUAAAAAACGGCCCUACAAAGUGUAAGAUAAGACACCGUGCUCAAAAUGUGACGAAGGUCGCUUCGGCCCCCAGUGUGAGAUCUUAACGGUUCCGACGCAAGUUCUGGCAAAAUUGCUGACCCUUGCGACUGUACGCCGUUGCUUCAAGACAUCUCACAGUGCAGUGAUGCGCCGAUUUCAUCGCCAAACUAAUCUCGCGUUGCGCAUGUGGAGACUUGAAACGAGUAACACAUUGUCGAUGCAUUUACUUCAGGUUAAGUGCCGCGCCAGAACGCAGCAAGGUACCGAAUGACUAGUCCUGUACAGUUUACCGCGUCUAGUAUGGUGUGCUAUCCGUCGUUAUACUCAUCCGUUCCUCGUACAUCUACGCCAACGGUACUUUUUUACCCGACCCGAUGUACAUGUCUACUACUUAAAAAUUAUUAACAAUGUGGGAGCAUUGUAUUCCAACCUGUAUACAUUAAGGUCAAGCUGUAUGGAAUAAAUUAUGCGAAAUAGACUAUA